AUGACCAUACAGAACCCACGAAGUGUGACACCCCGAUCCCGCUCUCCUUUUGAGAAUCAGAUGCAGACCGGCGAUAUCAAUCAUAACUCCUCUCAACCGUCCCUUCCAGCUCACAUUGAUGGGCAAGUCGGAUAUAGCGAGGAAUUCAUCAAGAAUUCACGGGGAAUACAGCUCUUAACCUGCAAGUGGUUUCCAGUAAAUCAAGAACCAAGAGCUCUCAUCUUCUUUUGCCAUGGCUAUGCAAUUGAUUGCAGCACCACAUUUAAAGAGGUUGCAUCCAAGUUUGCAAAAGAAGGCUUUGGUGUGUAUGGAAUUGAGUAUGAAGGGCACGGAAGAUCAGGCGGCCUUUCUGUCUACAUUGAUAACUUCGAUCUUCUCAUCGAUGAUGUCUCUUCACAUUUCUCCAAAAUAUCUGAGAUGGGAGAGAACGCAAAGAAGAAGAAGUUUUUGAUGGGAGAGUCGAUGGGAGGAGCCGUAGUUCUUCUCUUGCACCGCAAGAAACGUGAGUUUUGGGAUGGAGGAAUCCUUAUAGCUCCAAUGUGUAAGAUUGCUGAAGAGAUGAAACCACCAAAAAUGGUUAUAUCUCUGAUGAAUUUGGUCACAAAUCUGAUCCCAUCGUGGAAGUCGUUUCUUUCGGGACCUGAUAUCAUCAAUCUCGCUAUUAAACUCCCUCAAAAGAGACAAGAGAUAAGAGAAAAUCCAAAUUGCUACAUUGGGAGGCCUCGUAUGAAGACGAUGAGCGAGCUUUAUAGAAUCAGCCUAGAUCUAGAGAAUCGGUUGAACGAGGUGACAAUGCCGUUCAUAGUAUUGCACGGAGAAGAAGAUAAAGUGACGGAUAAAGGAGCUAGCAAACUUCUUUACGAGGUGGCUUCGUCUAAUGACAAGACUUUGAAGUUGUAUCCAGAAAUGUGGCAUAGCCUUCUUUUCGGGGAGCCUUUGGAGAAAUCAGAAAUGGUGUUCAAUGACAUUGUCCAAUGGAUGGAGACUAGAAUCACUACUCUUCAUGUGAAUGCUAAUAACAAAAAUGAAGCAACAUCUCAUAUCUGA